AUGUAAUUGGGUUGCUCUUGCAGAUGUCUGUGUGCAGUGCGCUGUCCCUCUGACUCUGCAGACUGAGAUGGAAGGGAUUCAUGCUACGUCAUGAGUGAGGAAGCCCUGGCAUACGUCUUGCAGCAGACAGCCGGCAGGAGAAAGAGAGAGUACAGCCUUUGUUGCUUCUUAAGGAUCUGUGAUAUGGAGCUGCCCUCUGAAAGUCAGUCAGCAGGAAGAAGAAUGAUAUGGAUAUGAUAAUCCCAUCACUAUCAUCAGACAUUCCACAAGAGUUCCGCUGGUUGGUGGUAUGACAAACAAAUAUGCAAAGGAGAAAAAAUAAAGAAGGUGACAACUUGAUCACAGAUGAGCAGACGCUUGACGAUGCUGAUUAUGGGAGUUUAAAGACGACCACUGAGCCAAAGACAAAGGACUACAUUUAUGAAACUGUAGCCUUUCCUGAGAAGAGUAUAAGGUUGUCUGCUUAUGAAAGCCUAGGCGAUGAAUCUGGGCCAAAUAUACAGGAUGCUGACAGAGCUGAGCAGAAUACAGUGGGUGACCAGCAUGAGAAAAUAUCCUUAAACUUUCUUGAGGUCCCGCAGUGGAAUAAGCAAAAAGCGCCAGGCCAUAUUGUCAACAGCACUCCAAACUUCUUCAGUGGUGAGCAAAGCAGGAUAGACUUUAUCCUUGCAUGGGAAUCUGAUUACCACAGUUUGGAGGGUCAAAACGAAGAAGAUGAGACUCCAAAAUCCAAACAAAGGCGAUCAACUAAAGCGCACAAAGUGUGGCGUGAGAAAUUUCUGAAUAAACUCCAGAUGACAGGACUCAAAAUGGAGAAGCACAUAGCCCAAAAUGCAAAGAAGCUGGUGCAUUUCAUACUCCUGAGCGCACCCUGGAGUGUACUCUGUUAUUAUGCUGAAGAUCUCAGGCUGAGGGUUCCCUUGCAGGUGGUGCCCAAUCAGGCUGUAACAAAUUGGUCUCACAGGAUUCUGAUGAAAUUGGGCAUCCCUAAUCUGCUACAUGAUGAUGUCCCUGACCUUCCGGUGGACUACUACACCUGCCACUUCAAGGCAAACAAGUUGCCCUGGUUUCUUGGGAGUGAUCGCCAUGAAACCUUCUUCAGCAGCACACAACGACACAGAAUACUGUAUGAGAUCCUGGCCACCACACCAUAUGGGAACCCAAACACAGGGCAGGUUGGAAUAGAAAGACUACUGAGUGAGGAAGUCUUCACAGCAGCAUUCCCACUGCAUGAUGGACCCUACAAGAUGCCAUCAGAAGAACUGAACCCCCCUCAGCUAACUCAGAGGCAGAUUCUUUUCCACUACUGGGCCCAGUGGAGUAAGUGGAAAAAGUAUCAGCCUUUGGAUCACAUCCGCAGGUACUUUGGGGAGAAGAUCGCUCUCUACUUUGCCUGGCUUGGUUUCUAUACCGGGUGGCUUUUUCCAGCGGCUGUAGUUGGGACACUAGUUUUCAUAAUAGGCAUCUUUAUGAUGUUUGAUGACAUCCCCACACAGGAGAUCUGUAACAGUGGUGGUAAAUACCAGAUGUGUCCACUCUGCAAGGUCUGCCCUUACUGGAACCUUUCCACUAUCUGUCCAAUGUUUCAGGUUGGUCGUCUCUUUGACCAUGGUGGGACAGUGUUCUUCAGCAUCUUCAUGGCUCUGUGGUCAGUCACAUUCCUAGAGUAUUGGAAGCGAAAAAAUGCUACUCUGACAUACCGCUGGGACUGUUACGACUUUGAAGAUAUUGAGGAGCGUCCACGCCCCCAAUUUACAGCCAUGGCUCCCAUGACAACUCAAAAUCCAAUUACUGGAGAGGAGGAACCCUAUUUCCCUAUGCGAAAUCGUUGCAAAAGAAUUUUUGCUGGAUCAAUGAUCAUCAUCAUGAUGAUUGCCGUGGUGGUGAUGUUCUUGAUUUCCAUUAUCCUUUAUCGGGCCAUCAUUGCUGUAGUUGUAUCCAGGUCUGGAAACUUCCUCGUUGUGGCUUCGGCUUCUCGUAUUGCCAGUCUCACAGGCUCCGUAGUGAAUCUUAUCUUCAUCCUCAUCCUCUCCAAAAUAUAUAUUGCUCUGGCACAUUUUCUCACCAAAUGGGAGAUGCAUCGCACCCAGACCAUGUUUGAAGAUGCAUUCACCUUUAAGGUGUUCAUCUUUGAGUUUAUCAACUUUUACUCCUCUCCCAUCUACAUUGCCUUCUUUAAAGGCAGGUUUGUAGGCUAUCCGGGACACUACAACAAACUGUUGGGUAUCCGCAAUGAGGACUGUGGUGCAGGUGGCUGCCUUAUAGAACUUGCUCAGGAGCUACUCGUUAUCAUGGUGGGAAAGCAAAUAAUUAACAACGUGCAGGAAAUUCUCAUCCCGAAGCUGAAAUCAUGGUGGCACAACCGAAACAAUGUAUCUCAAAGGAAUAAGAAGGGCCAAGACCAAAUCAUGACGCCGCUCUGGGAGAGUGAUUAUGAAUUGUUGCCCUACGAGGGACUCUUUAAUGAAUAUUUGGAAAUGGUCCUGCAGUUUGGUUUCAUUACCAUCUUUGUGGCUGCCUGCCCCCUGGCACCUCUCUUUGCCUUGUUGAAUAACUGGGUAGAAAUUCGCUUGGAUGCCCAGAAGUUUGUUUGUGAAUACCGACGCCCUGUGGCAGAGAGGGCCCAAGGCAUUGGCAUCUGGUUCAAUAUCCUGGAAGUCAUUACACACUUGGCAGUGACUAGCAAUGCCUUUCUGAUUGCCUUCACAUCUGAUUUCCUCCCUCGGCUUUAUUACCAAUACACUCAUUCCAGCAACCUACAGGGCUAUAUCGACUUCAGCUUGGCUUAUGCCCCUAAAUCUUAUGUCUCAGAGUACAACGUUACAUGCAGGUACCGAGCCUAUAGAGAACAAAGUGGCAGGUAUUCACUAGCUUAUUGGAAUCUCCUUGCCAUCCGGCUGGGUUUCAUAAUUGCAUUUGAGCAUGUGGUUUUCUUCAUUGCACGGAUGAUAGAUAUGAUGGUGCCUGACAUUCCAGAAGUGGUGGAGAUAAAAGUGAAGCGAGAACAUUAUCUAGCUAAACAAGCUUUGGCUGAAAAUAAGGCUCUCAUUGAGGUGAUAGAUGUGAGCAAGCCGACCCCUCUGGCAGAAAAGGCACCAUAAUGGGAAUCCAGAAAGAGAGACUGCAUUUUGUCUAAGCCAAAUUACUAAGCUCUUGGAGCAACAAUGUUUGUUAGGAAAAGAAAGCAGCCUAGUUCAGCUUGUGCAACACUGCCUGUUUCCCAAGAUCCAUAUAUUCUGUGUGUCACAAUGUAAACUAGAGCUUGAAACCUCAGGAAUUUCAUAUGCCCAUCAGUCAAUGGAGCUGUUUGAGGUCAUUUGGUAGAAAAAUCUGAUAGUCCAAGACAUAGACUGAGAACAGAUUAAUAGACUGAGAACAGCCCAAGUAUCAGUUGAUAGUAAAUGCAAAGAGCUCCGAGUCUUCCCCUAUCAAAUAAAGAUAUACUUUAGUAAGUAUUUAUAAAGUUUUGAAGUCUAGAAUAAAGUAUAGAUUAGUACUUUGCUCUGUUCCUGUUCAGUGGGGAACGGUAAAAAUGCUGGAUUGGAGUGAGACAUUUUCCAGUGAGGUAAAACUCUGCAACAUUAGAACGGCUUGAAGGUUGCUCCCUUAGAACCAGUACAGUUGUAGUGGAAUUAAGGGCAGAUUACUGGAUGGCAGUUGUGGAGUCUGCUUAGCAUGCAAUGACAAGUUUAAAAUAGAUUACUUGACUGAGACAGAGGCAUUUGUGAAAGCUAUUUCUCAGCCACCCAAGAAGUCCUAUGCUUCCUUCCCUUCUGCAAAAGCAUUACAGGACCGUGAUUCUCUUCUGCGUCACCAUUUGGAUCGGCUUUUGGUUGAAGCCACAAGUUUCAGCAAGAUGGCAUUUGCCAAAGACUUGUGAGUGUAAUCAUGUCUGAAUAGUAACUCUCCUGACAAUAAAUGGACGAAAAGGCCUGUCAACAGUUCAAUACAAACAGCUGAAAUUAGGUAUAACAAGUUCUUUGACUACAGUUUGUAAGAACCUAGAAAGACUGG